GUUCUGUUCAUAUGAGUUGAAUAGCAUCGUGACAUUUUAGAGUACCAAAAAAAUAAGAGUCAGCUGUCAACUCGUUCUUGUUUGUUGUGCAUCACCUGAAUUGUUAAUUUCAUUAUUGCAGUGACUACAGUCCUCGGUUUUGUUCCAACGAAAUGGAUUUCCAAAAUCGUGCCGGUGGCAAAACCGGUGGAGGAGGCGUUGCAUCAUGGUCAGAGACGAAUCGAGAUCGUCGUGAACGAUUGCGACAAUUGGCCUUGGAAACGAUCGACUUGAACAAAGAUCCGUACUUCAUGAAGAACCACUUGGGUUCGUACGAAUGCAAACUGUGUCUGACGCUGCACAAUAAUGAGGGCAGUUACUUGGCCCACACACAAGGCAAAAAGCAUCAAGCCAAUUUGGCUAGACGUGCUGCAAAAGAGGCAAAAGAAGCGCCGACAAUGUUACAACCGGAGAAGCCGCGAGUCGAACCGAAGAAGUUCGUGAAAAUCGGACGACCAGGAUACAGAGUGACCAAGCAACGAUGCCCUGAAACCGGACAACAGAGUCUGCUCUUUCAAAUCGAUUAUCCGGAAAUAUCCGACAACAUCAUUCCGCGGCAUCGUUUCAUGUCUGCCUACGAGCAAAAAAUGGAGCCACCAGAUCGUAAGUGGCAGUACUUGCUAUUUGCAGCCGAACCAUACGAAACGAUUGCGUUCAAGGUGCCCAGCCGAGAAGUGGAGAAGACGGAAGGCAAAUUCUGGACACAUUGGAAUAGGGACACGAAACAGUUUUUCCUGCAGUUCUCAUUCCGAUUAGAGGCACCGAAAAUGAUUCCACCGCCUCCGCCCAACCUUCGCAACUUACACGUUGGCAUGCCGAACGUUAUGCCACCAAGGCCGCCAAUGUACCAAAAUCCACCACCGAUGGGACAGAUGUAGAAUCCUACCGAAAUUUAUGAAAUAAAAGCGUCAGCGCCGUGUCACAUUA